CAAUAUGGCUGCCUCCAUGGUGUGAUGAUGGGAUUGGAAACUUUUCUUUAACAAAUUUGUAUGAAUUCAUGAAAAAAAAUUCCUGUAAUAAUUACCAACACAACAGAACAUAGCCAUGACUAGUGUUUUAAGGGGCACGUCAAUCAAAUCCAAAGGUUGUUGCAUGCACAUUUUGUCUGGCUUUUCUUCUUGGAGGAGAUUUUUGCAGAGGUGCACAUCAUCAAUUAGAACACACCUAUCCGACCCAACAGAGCACACCACAUUGCAGCAGGGAUUAUUCUACUCAGUUCCCCAGGAUGAUGUCAAUAAACUUAUGUUUAAUAACUGGAUGAGUCCUCAUGAAAAAAAUAUGAACAAAACAUUUCAGGAGUAUUGUAUCUUAAUCAGAAGACCAGCACUAGAAAUUAUGGAUAUUUUAAGGAGGAUAAAUUACAACUAUCCCAUCACACGUUUUCUACUGUAUGGAGAAAUGAAUGCUGGUAAAAAAUUUACUAUGACACAUGUGAUGCAUUUUUGCAGAAACCAGAACUGGAUUACCUUAACUGUACCAUGGGCCAAUGACUGGAAUUGUAGAAGAUUGAAAGUAUCAUAUAGCAACCACACGGAAUUCCUCUUUGAUUUACCUAUACAUUCUAAAAACCUGCUGGAAGAUUUUCUGAUCAAAAAUUCUCAUCUAAUUGAGGAUUUCAAAACCAGUACAAGAUAUGAAUUCUCAGAACAAGAAUCCUCGGAGCAGGGAGUACCUCUGAUAGAUUUAGUGUCCUUUGGCAUCAGUAGAAUGAAGUUUGCCAGUGAUGUUGUGGGAGCUCUUUUACAGGAACUAAAACACCUGGCUAACAAUGAUAAAAUAAAACUGUUGAUUACUGUUCGGGGUAUUAAUGCAUUUUGGAUGACAACUGGUCAGAGGAAGGAAAAAGUUAAAAAGAUUCAUGCUCAACAGUUGAGUCUAGUCAAACAGUUCUCAGACCUCUUACAAUCAGAUACUAAAAAUGCAGUUGCUCUUUGCUCUGUGGAAAGCUGGUUACGACAUGUUAGUGAUAGAGAUCCAUAUCUGCCAACAGAUUUGCUUGGCAAAGAGGGUAUUGACUUCUUAGAGCCUUUCAUACCAGUUGAGGUUCCUAAAUACAAUGAAGAGGAAAUUCAGAAAGUAAUGGAUUAUUAUGAAGACAGAAGAUGGAUUCAACUUCCAGAAGCAAAAACUCCCAACGGAAGAAAACAGAUAACCUAUUUAAGUGGAUAUAACCCUUAUAAACUGUACAAAGUGUGUGUGCCUUUGUAGAUCAGAUAUGACAAACAUUCAUAAUCAUUGUACAAGUAUAGAAACUGUAUUGAUUUUAAAAUAAGCCAAAUGAAAAUAAGCUAAAAUACCUAAAAAAUAAAAUUUAUUUUCUUAA